ACCAGUACUAGCAGUGGCGCAAAAACUUUUUUAUUACAACUUCCCGGCAGGACCCGUUUCGUUCGGUCCAAGUCUCCAACCCCUAGCAGCCCACCCACAUACAAUUCCGUUUGCCCGGGUCCUCUCCUCGCCCGCGACCGCCGUUUGACUCCCGGACCCGACCCACUCCCACCAAUCGGAGGCAAAGAUCGCGUGAAAUCCCGGGUCUCGCGCGCCCAUUUCAGCCGGACGCUGACCAAGACAACCCCGGCGAUCCCCACACCCGCACACACAAAGACGCAGACCACACAACGGCUCGGCAAGCGGCAGCAAGCCCAGACCAGAGCGAAAACCCACCGUUCCAGCACCCGAUUUUGAACCACCGCGACACUCCCAAGUCCCAACCAAAUCUACGACCCCUCCGACCGAAACGAGAUCUCCGCCUCCCCUCACGGAAAGGAAAGAAACGCUCUCCCCCCGGGGCAAAGGGAACCGUCGCCGCGUCGCGGAAAACUGAAGCGGGGCACAGGAGGAGGAGAGGCCGAGGCAGGGAGAGGGUUCCGGCGGCGAUGGAGCGGUACAACCCCUCCGAGGUGUACGAGCUCUUCGUGCGCCACAUGAACAACCCGAGGGUGGUGGUGGACAACGGCGCGUGCGCGACGGCGACGCUGGUGCAGGUGCACAGCGCGAGGAAGCACGGCGUGCUGCUCGACGCGGUGGCGGCCCUGUCCGACCACGGCGUCUGCGUCCGCAAAGGCUACAUCUCCUCCGACGACGGCCGCUGGUUCAUGGACGUCUUCCACGUCGUCGACGCCGCGGGCGGCAAGGUGGCCGACGCCGGCGCCCUGCUGGCGCGCCUCGAGUCCUCGCUCUCCGCCGACGCAUUGCCGCCCCGCCCGCCGCCCGCCGCCGCGGGGGCCGGGACGCCCACCCUGCUCGAGCUCGUCGGCGCCGACCGCCCGGGCCUCCUCUCCGAGGUCUUCGCCGUGCUGCACGACCUCCGCUGCGGCACCGUCGACGCCAGGGCCUGGACGCACGCCGGCCGCGUCGCCGCGCUCGUGUUCGUGCGCGACGAGGAGACCGGCUCGCCGAUCGACGACGCGGCGCGGGUCAGGCGCGUGGAGUCCAGGCUCCGGCACGUCCUCCGCGGCGGCGCGCUCGGCGCGAGGAUGGUCCGGGCAGACGCCUCCGCCGUCAACAUGGACCGGAGGCUCCACCAGCUUCUCAACGAGGACGGGGAGGCCGGGAGCCGCGCCGACCGGGCGGAGUCGGAGGCGGAGGCGCCCACGCCCACAGCGGUCGCCGUGCAGGAUUGGGUGGAGAGGGGGUACUCGGUGGUGACAGUGAGCUGCCGCGACCGGCCCAAGCUGCUCUUCGACGUCGUCUGCACCUUGACAGACUUGGAUUACGUGGUGUACCACGGCACGUUCCACACAGACGACGAUCACGCCCGCCAGGAGUUCUACAUCAGGCGGUUGGACGAGCGGCCAAUUAGCUCGGCGACCGAGAGGCGGCGCGUGAUCCAAUGCUUGGAAGCGGCCAUCGAGAGGCGCGCAUCCGAGGGAGUGAGGCUGGAGCUGCGCAUCACCGACCGCCGCGGGCUGCUCGCCUACGUCACGCGUGUGUUCAGGGAGAACAGCCUCUCGGUCACGCACGCCGAGAUCACCACCAGGGGCGACAUGGCCAUGAACGUGUUCCACGUCACCGACGUGGCCGGCCGACCCGCGGACCCCAAGACCAUCGACGAGGUGAUCCAGAGGAUCGGCACGGAGAGCCUCCGGGUGGACGAGGAGCGGUGGCCGCGCCUGUGCUCGACGGAGGGCGACGCUGGCCGCGGCGGCGGCGGUGCGGGGAUCUUCUCGCUCGGGAGCCUUGUCAAGAAGAACCUGGUCAGUCUUGGCCUCAUAAGAUCCUGCUCGUGAGGACGCGAUCAAUGGGGGGCAUGUGCUCCAUGGGAUCCUUGUGUAAAUAUGGGAUGGUGCAUGGGUUAGUUUGUAAAUGGAGUAGGGGUUUAAAUCGCCGUUUCUAGUUCUAGGUUUAAGUUGCCACGUGUACAUAGUAGCAAGUGGAGAUGGAAGGUUUUAAAAGUUGCUGGUCGGCAACAGCAAGGAUAA